AGACAAAAUGCCUGAACCCGCCAAGUCUGCGCCCAAGAAGGGCUCCAAGAAAGCCGUGACCAAGACGGCCGGCAAAGGAGGCAAGAAGAAGCGAAGGACAAGGAAGGAGAGCUACGCCAUCUACGUCUACAAGGUGCUGAAGCAGGUCCACCCUGAUACCGGGAUCUCCUCCAAGGCCAUGAGCAUCAUGAACUCUUUCGUCAACGACAUUUUUGAGCGCAUCGCCUCCGAGGCCUCUCGUCUGGCUCACUACAACAAGCGCUCCACCAUCACCUCCAGGGAGAUCCAGACCGCUGUGCGGCUCCUGCUGCCCGGCGAGCUGGCCAAGCACGCCGUGUCUGAGGGCACCAAGGCGGUCACCAAGUACACCAGCUCCAAGUAAACUCCGCUGUGGGAGUUCACUCAACCAAAGGCUCUUUUAAGAGCCACCCACAAUGUCUGAAGAGCGCUGGUCCUGACACUUUAAUCUUCAAACUAUUAUAUUAAGAAAUUCAAAGAAUGAUAACAUUUAGAAUCUGCCAGAUAAAGCAAAACUCUUAUUUCACCUUUUUUAUUAAAUUAUAUAUUAGUCUGAUGCUGUUUUACGGUGGUUUUUCUUGAAUCCUGUAGUACUUUAGGUGUUUCUGUAACAUUCUGGAAUAAAUUUGAUAGCUUAGAAA